GGCAACAAUAUCAACAGCGUUAGCCGUUACUAGUUUUUACGACGGGCAGCAGCCGCUUUGCGUCUUAUGUAACUAACGGCCUGAGCAGAGUCGGUCAGGAAGAGAAAAAAAGAGGGAUCUGGGGUGAAUGAGAGAGAGAGAGAGAGAGAGAGAGAAGGAGGAGGAGGAAGAGAAAAAAAAGAGCAGCACCGCUUUGCUUUGAAUUCACAUGGCACAUUUACAUUUAGGUUCGCACACACACACACACACAGACGCUACACAAAUACAAAUUGAAAGGGGGCUACCGGGGGGACGGCUUUGAUUUAAAGGCUGAGUUUGGAGGCGGCAGCGAGGGGACGCGGAGUGACUUAGUCGCCUCAAAGUUGUUAAGGUGAUGGUGGACUCUGACAACCGUGACUGAGAGCCUAAACCAGAGCUGGAAACCCGCCCCCCCCAACAGGACAGAAAGAACGGCAGGCUGCGUAUGACUUCUCACACGGACCUGCAACGCACUUGAUCAAACUCAAAACUGUAAUGCCCAGCUGUUACGCAUAAGCGCAGCACUAGCCCUGGACCAAAGGUCGACUGAUGCUUUGUGGAGUUUAAGACCUUAAAGAAAAGUCAAAGACGCUGAAAAGAGUGGAGUUACAUGGACCUGAUGAAAGAAAUGGGAGGAUAUUAGUUUGGACCUGGCACCUGGUUCCAGUUGCAGUGUGGAGUACGGCGCACCAGUAGCCGAACUGUGCUGCUGGACGGACCGUGGCGCCGCAGGACUGAAUCGAGCCGCUUCCGCAGAACUGAUGCCAAGACCCGCAGUCAGCCAUGAUGUUUUUAUAACCUGAUGAUCAGCAGAGAGAUGGUGAGGAAGAAGAACCCCCCUAUCCGGAGUGUGGGAGGUGAGGAGGAGGAAGAAGAAGAGGGGAGGAGGCCAGCAGCAGGAGAAGAGGAGGAGGAGGGAGAGGAAGAGGGGAGAGUGGGAGCAGAGGCCGAACGGAUAAACCGACCCUCUGAGCCAGAGUCGUCCGAGAGGGUCAGAGGCGAUGAGGAGCAGGAGGAGGAGGAGGGAGAAAGUGAGUGUGUUUCCUCAUCUGUCUCUCCCUCAUCAGUGGGUGAUCGCUACGCUAAUGAGGAGAGAGGGGGCAGGAGAGGAGGAGGAGGAGGAGGAGGGGGUAGGUCCAAACAAGGCGAUGCGCCGUUGACUGACAGACCCGAGAGCCAGUCGGAGCCCGAAGACGGGGAGAAGGGCGUGGAGGAGAGGGAGAGGAGCGACCGAGUCUCACCUCUUCUGCUCUCCGCUCCCCACCUCCUCCCCAGACAGGAAGGAGGGGAGGAGUCGACAACCGACACCCCUCCGCUCUCCUCCAGCCCCUCUCCCAAGCUCCAGGACUUCAAGUGCAACGUGUGCGGUUACGGUUACUAUGGCAACGACCCCGCUGACCUGGUGAAGCACUUUAGGAAGUAUCACCUGGGUCUGCACAACCGCACACGGCAGGAUGCUGCCCUCGACACACACAUCCUGGCCCUCCACAACAUGGCCCCUCAACACACACCUCUAGACAUACAGACAGGACAAGGGCAGAGGAACCAAGCCAAAGAGUCGGGGAAGACGAGGCCAGAUAUACACAAUCAACAGCAUAGGGCAGUUAUGAUGAAUGGCACAUAUGACGUACAGGUGACCUUGGGAGGCACGUUAAUUGGGAUUGGCCGGAAGACCUCUGAUUGUCAGGGAAACACUAAGUACUUUCGCUGCAAAUUCUGCAACUUCACGUACAUGGGCAGCAAUUCCUUAGAACUUGAACAACACUUCCUGUCGUCACAUCCAAACAAAGUGAAAACUCCGCCAACCACACCCCUGCUGGCUACAAACAACGUGGCAAAGCAUGACAACCAGGCGAUGGGCAGGAGUCCGAUCAUUGAUGGGGCGGAGCGGGUGGCGGUGAGAGCGGAAGACGAUUCCGUGGCCGGGUACUCCAUCCCUGUUAGGGCGUCUUCAGAUUCGUCAAGCUGGACAGGGGAGCCGGGUCGAGGCGGCGUGCAGGCGUAUUACUGGUGUAAAUUCUGCAGCUGGAGUUGUGAGUGGUCAGGCGGCUCAGUGAAGCUCUUGGAGCACUAUGAACAAAGACAUAGAAUGAGCGUGGGAGGUACUAUGAGCCCCAACAACUCUACUCCUGGGGCGCUGGACAGAGAGCGGGAGAGAGGAGGGAGGAGAGAAGGAGGCGAGAGAGACCACACGGCGUCCAAAAGCCGCAAAGAUCCAUCAUCAAACCCAUCCAGCACCAGCCAAGGAGACCCAACCAGCAGCGACCCAGAAGCAGUUGUGACCAGUUAUAACUGUCAGUUGUGCGAUUUCCGGUACUCGAUGGCCCACAGUGCAGAUGUCAUCGUCGUAGCGCCGUUGCUGCUGCACUAUCAGCACAACCACUCCAUCCACCGAUGCUGCAUCCAGCACUGCAUGUACUGUCCCCAGGGGCUCUGUCAGCCACACAAACACUUGGGGGAGGUGUCCCACCCCUUUGCCUGUCGGAAACCCGCCUGCCCUAAAUGCUGUUCCAAGUUCUCUCCGUCCACCAAACAGCAGGAUGCAGCUGGUCCGAAACCUGCCGCCACCUCCUCCUCACCCAGCAUGACCCCUCCUAAUCCUAGAGCUGACCCAGGCGUCACCCACUUGUGUGACCAGUGUGCGUUCGCCACCACCGAUAUCGACGUCUUGCUGCAGCACUACGAAACCUGCCAUACCCUGAUCAACCUAAAGGGGGCUUCCCCGCACGUCAAGGCCGAGGAAGAAGUCGGUGUCGACAAGGAUGCUGCCGGAGGAGAGAGGGAGCACUCUUGCACAAAGUGUCACUUCAUCACAGAAGUGGAGGAAGAGAUUUUUAGACACUACAGGCGUGUCCAUGCGUGUUGCCGUUGUCGACGCUGCGACUUCACGGCUCCUGAUUCAUCGGCCCUCCUCGACCAUUUUAACUCUGUCCACUGUCACGACUCCUCUCCCUCAUUAAGCUCAUUUGUAACGACCUCCUUACCCACCUCGCUGACGCCUUCAUUAACACUCUCUGCCAAUGGCUGCUCAGCUCCCUCCACCUUAGCCAUUAAAGAAGAGAGCAAGGGGGAUCUUCGCCUCCUCUACUCCCUUGCGCCACCUGAGGGUCGGUUGGCAGAAGGUGGCAGAGAAGAGGCAGGAGGGGUGGUGAAAAGCGAGGGAGGGGAUGAGAAAGAAAGAGAGCGGGAGAAAGGCUGGGUCCUUGGGGAGACGAGAGGAAUAGGUGAAAGAGGAGGUGAGCAGGCCCAUGGUUUGCUGUGGGUGCCCAAGGAGCGAAUGGGACCUGACAGAGGAGUAGAAAGAGGAACAGGAGGCGGGAGCCCCUCUCUUUUCCCCUCCCCCCUCCCAUUGUCUUUUGUUUCAGCCAAUCACGAGGCCUCGCAGCAGAAACGGGGCGUGGCUUCACCGAGCAUGGUUUACCUGGGAGACACAAAGUCAUUUUUGGGAGAUACCAAGUCGUUUUUGGGAGACGCCAAGCUGUACGGAGGAGGACGGCCAGGAGGAGGUGCUGCAGGUGGAGGGGAGAAGCAGAGCCAGAUGCCCCCUCAGCAGUAUACAGGAGGAGGAGGUGGAGGACAGGAGGGGAAAGGAGGAGCUUCAAAAGAGGAGUCCCAGUCCCUGCUACGGCGGCGCAGAGGAAGUGGGGUCUUCUGUGCCAACUGCCUGACCACCAAGACAUCGUUGUGGAGGAAGAACGCUAACGGAGGCUACGUCUGCAACGCAUGUGGUUUAUACCAAAAACUACAUUCGACACCCAGACCUCUAAACAUAAUCAAGCAGAACAACGGUGAACAAAUUAUCCGACGGCGAACGCGUAAACGCCUCAACCCUGACUCGCUGUCGUCUGAAAACCCCACCCCCAAGCAGCAGCGAAUCACCAGCGAGGAGCGCAUGAACGGGGAGGAGUCUGACCGGAGCUGCACGUCGAUGAAAAACCAGCAGCCCUCCCCUCGCUCGCGCUCACCCCGCUCCACUCAAGCCUUCUUAGCCAAUCAAACGCUGGAGAUCCACAGACGCAUGCCUCCCCUCCUUGUCCCUUCGCACCCCCCCUCCUCGCUGGUAGUCGAGGGCAAUGGCGGCAUCGCAGAGGGAGUAAUAACAUCAAAGUUAGAGGGAGUUAAAGGGGGAGGGGGAUCCGAACGAGGCAGUCCCAUUGAAAAAUACAUGCGUCCGUCUAAACCGUCUAGUUAUUCGCCUCCUGGGUCUCCCAUUGAAAAAUAUCAGUAUCCCCUUUUCUCUUUACCCCUGCCGUUAACCCUCUCACCUGAUCUGACCCCUGAGUCCGAUUGGCUCAGGUUCUGGACCAAGUACAAGAUGGCAGCCACCUCUGGGGUUCCUGGUAGCCUCAGUAAUCUAAGCAGCCCUGGUAGCCUUGGCAAUAACGCACAUUACCUUGGUGCAAUGGUGUCACCAGUACAGCAUCAUCAGCAAAACUACACGGUGCCUUACUGUGCAUCUCCAUACUCUCCUCUUCCACCCCCUCCAGCUCCCCCUCACUAUCCCCCUCCCCCUCUUCAUCCUCAAACCUCAUCCUCCUCAUCAUCAUCAUCAUUAGAAAAUGACGCUCCGUUGGAUCUCGCAAUAAGACAAAGGGAUACGAGUGCUGCAAAUGCCCACAUGUCAACAAAUGGUGCAGAGAGGAGAAAGCAGGAGUCGCCACGAGCUGAGAGUUUGCGAGAGAACUGGAAAGGAGAGAAAAAAGAGGAGGAGAGGACUGAUGAAGGAGGGAAUAGGAUGGAGGAGAUGGGAAAGGAAGAAGAGGAUCAUUCGGCAAAAGUUGUUUCAUCAAAUCGUGUGAUGGUGGAAGUAGCCACGCAGGACGACCUGACCAAUCGCUGCAUCCACUGUGGGAUCUACUUUUUAGAUGAGGUCAUGUAUGCCCUGCACAUGAGUUGCCACGGCGACCAGGGACCGUACCAAUGCAGUUUUUGCCUCCACGUGUGUGCGGAUCGCUACGAUUUUACCACACACAUACAGAGGGGCUUACACAGGUACACGGACAAGACGUCGCAACAGAAGGGCUACUCGCAGGAGAGCGAAACUCCGAGCAUCAUGGAGACGUCAGAGCAGGAGUCUGGAGAUGUGACUCCAGAGGAAAUGAAAGAAGGAGGCGAUCAAGAUGAGAUCACAUGUGGAAGUGAUGAUGUCUCAGCAGAGGGUCCUGAUAAUCGAGCAGAAGAAAUUACAGGCAGUGAUGUUAAUGAUAAUGAAACAGAAGCAGAAAUGGAGGUAAGAGUAGAGAGUCACGAUGUAACAAACCAGGAAUUAGGAGGCGAAACAGCAUCAGAUGGCAGCGUUGACGUCACAAAAACUAUCGAGGUCACGACUGUCGCUGAGUCUAAAGACAUGGAAGAGAAUGUGGAGAGUAACUAAACCGCAACCUUUGACUCUCACAAACCUUUACGAACAUGUUUCAUCAAAUGAAUAAGCUGUAUGCCAUCACGUUCCUGGAGGCUAGCUCAUGUCAAAGCGGGCCUAUCCCGGGCACUAAACGGAACACAUCCUUAUGCUGGAAGCACUCGGCUGUCAAAUGGUCAAAUAAAUCAUUGUAGGAUCCCGCCUCAAUGCUGCAGGGAUAAUAUGGAGGAAUAGUCCGUCAAGCAAAGGAUCCCUUGAUGGCUCUGUAGCAAGUUAUUCAACAACAGCGUCCGGGCAUGCAGCUGAAAUCAUCAUUAAUUAACAGCCACUUGUGUGCUUUCCAAAUAAGAGGAUUGGAAGCUCGACUGAAAGCGAGACUGGUCUCAUUUAGGAUGAGUUUAUGGAGCUCAGCACCUGCGCAGCCACCACACAGCAGAGCAAAAAAUACAAACAAAUAAUGCUAGAAGCAAAACACUUGAGCUGAACUGAACAGAGCUGAUCUCUUAUGCACCAAACUGAACCCCGAGCUGGCCACGACUGCUCCCAUGCAUCACUCAGACUGUUAUAUCUUGGUACAACCAGAUUUGAUCUGGAGCAUGUUUUUAACUAUUUUCCCGCUGUGCAAAUGAACUCAAAACCAAAACUUAUUUUAAAGACUUGAAGUUCAUAACAAAUCCAGUUUGUUCUUGGCUGCCGUUGGAUUGGUACAGAAAGGAUCAGUCGGGUUCUUUCACACUUGCUGAAACUGGCGGUGUUCUCUCGGAUCAAUGCAAAUUCACCACGGCUGCAAAGUGGUGCAAAAAUGGCGGACUGGUUGGAUUUGAUUUGACCAUGACUUUUUGAACUGCUUACUCAAAACCAGUUUCGACUGGUUGAACCGGUGCAAAGCCGGACCGAAGUGUUCUCUUCAUCCAUUCGGAUUGAACCAAGUGACAAUAUUUUCUACCUUCCUCUGUGCCAUGAUACUAGCUACGUGCCUGGCUGCCUGCCUAAUAGAACAACCAUCUAUUAACCUGCUUAACAUUUAUAUUAAUAAUAAUAAAGGUAAUAAUAAUAAUGAUGAUGAUGUUAUAGUUGAAAACAUGCAAUUUGCUACACUUUCCUAUAUAAUAUGUUAUUUUGUAAAGGAAAAUAAUGCUUUUUUGCAGGAAUUGGUACUAUAAGAAUUAGUCUAUUUGCAUUUUUCUUUUGUUUUCUCGUUUUUGGAGCUAUUUGUCGCUCUUAAGACUUGUAACAGCCGUCUGACAGAAAUGGUACAGAGAAAAAGAGGGGGUUGUGUGUCCGUGUGCAUUUGUGUUAUUGCGUCGUUUAUGUGUGCGAGGAUAAGAGGAUGUGUCCGUCCCCAAACAAUGAUGUUCAACAUAAUGAAGGCUUGCGCUUGGUUUUUUGUUUUCAGUCCUCAGGGGUCACACGUGUUGCACACCAACCCGCCUGUUUCAUAGCAUGGGACACGUCAUUUUUACAUGUUGAAUGGUGUAAUGGUUUUAGCAUGUUCUCUUAUAUAUGUUCUUAUCAUGUUCUUUAUGUGCCAAUAGAUCAACAUGGUCUCAGUAUGUAACAUUUUUCUGUAUGUCUUUUACAUGUUGUUAGGAUUCAUGGUUUUAUAGAGAGACUUAGGAACCCUACAUUUUAUCAAAAGGAUCAAUUCUUUGGGUUAAGUGUAUAAAUCUUUGCUCUGUAUUGAGUCUAUGGAGCCUCUCGUCUACAGUGUUUAAUUCAGCCGAUAUAUUGCUGAGAGUUUGGUAGUUUACCUCUAUGUAGCAUGUUAGCGUCUUAUUAAAUCUGCAAAAUAAGUCGCCUUAACUCAGAAUGGGAACUGUUACUCGUUAGACCUAAACAAUACUGAAGAAAACACAAGAUUGUAAAGUUUUUUUUUUUGUAAUUCAGUGAAGUAAAAUGGAUCAUGUUGCUCUCAACUCAAGCAAAUCGACCACGGUCAUUGGCCACUCGUGACCCACUUUAAAUCCAUCUUUUAAAAUCCAUUUUAAAAUGCACCUGCUCCUGACUCCAGCCGAGUCUCUCCAAACCAAAUUUAGCAUUUCUCAUAGUUUACGUUUGUCAUUGAGAGAGUUGUGAAACGACCCCCCUGUCCUUUAAAAAGAAGCAACGCGGUGGCCAUCUUGUUUAUUUUUGUAAAAAACUGAAGAAAAAAAACAAUCACUUCUCUAGCCUUGCUGCCUUAGUUGCUAGAAAACAGAACCCAAAAAAAUCACAGAGGGACUCCUUUGGGGGAAACAAUAAUAGGCUGAUUGAAAAUGAAAGUCGGGAAGGUGGAAGCUGAAGAAAGAGAGAGAUAUUUUUCUAUGCUUUUUCCAAAAAGACAAGAAUGAAAAAUAGUCCGCCUAGUGCCUGGUAACUUGUUUGGUUUUUCUAAUGGCUUCCUCUGUCUGUGUCAAAAGGUUUUGUACGUCAUGAGCCACGUCAGCCAGAAGUCGGACAAACAAACUGAUAUUUUGCUUCCCACUAAUCAGAUACUUUCCCUAUGUGCAUUUUCGUGCUAACUGUUGCUCUCAUUUUCACAUGUUUGUAUACUACUUGGGAGAAAAGUAGACGUAUGUGCCUCAGUUACUUUUGUUUGAAAUCCUGAAGCAUGGUCUCUACUUUGAUUUGGUUUAUUCGGAGAUGGAAGCUGAAUUACGUCUUGAAAUCACGUCGCCAGUUUGCCCACAUCACGCUAAAGGUAGAGCUCAUUCUAACAUGGUUUUAUUCUGAGGUGGAGUUUAUUAUAAAUUCAUUUCUAUCAGAUGUUAAAGGGUAAACUCAGGACUUUGUCAGCAAAACAUCCAAUUUCAUUCUUUUUUCAAAGCAGCAGUGAGAUGAGGUUCCUCUUGCAGAAAUGUCUAAAACUUAACAAAGUAGAAAAUCAGAUAAAUUCUCCCGUCUGCUCUGUCGAAUAAUCGCUCCCUGCAGCAACCUUUUACAUUAGAUUUUCCAGUCUUUUAAACAAUUCAUCUUGAUAUAUACAAACAAAGCUAUUUUUGCAUUUCUAAAUACCUUAAAGGGGCAUAAUGUAACGAUUAGCCAGCUGUUCAAUUCAUACCCCAAACAACUAAGGGGUAGCAUAUUAUUUCAUUUCACAUUAUCUUAGUUGGUGUCCACCCCCUCCUCUUUCCCUGAGCCAUCAACAGCGUGGCCAUAAGGCAAAGCAAGAGAAAUCCUGAUGGGCUGAUUGACUGUCAAGAAAAAAAUCCAUAAAGUUUUUACUGGCCUUGUCAGUCUCCUCCAGCCUGCUCUGUGUAGCUGUCAUUCCGGGUGCACAUAAAGGCGAGCUGGGUGUGUGGGCUCGUCAGUGCCAGUGUAAGGAUCACCAGGAGGAGCAUUAGUCUACUCGUCCAUUGCUGCUAGACAAUGUGAAGUUUUGACCAGGAUUGAUUGGAACUGCAGAUAAAAGACCGGCAGCGAUUCAAGGCGAGUGGGAGGAACAUGACUUCAGAUUAUUUGAGAAAUCCUUUAGUUUGAGUGGAGCGGAGGAAUCCCACUGAGAGGAGGGCUGUAACACAGGUUUCUAAAGUACCUGCAGUCAGUACUUCUUUAUCCUUCUUUAUGCCACAGUGACUCACUAUUACCUCUUGAGGUAUGAAGUGGUAUUACAAGGCAUGAUGGGUAAAGGUUACAUCACACAGCGUAAAAAUCUUAACAUAAUGUCAUAACUAUUCUAUCUUCACAUUCUGUCGAUACCUUUAGUGACUUGAUAUUUUUAAACUGAAACAUUUUAAUUUUGACCCUUUCAACGUUAUGAUAUCUUACUUAAAAUGCUAAGAAACACAAAGGUUGGAAAUAUUUCUCGUGAGUUAUGACAUCUCACUGCAGCAGGCCUGACAUCCUCAUAUCUGACAAAGUGCAAGAAUUCUUGUCCUCAAAAACGUUUGCCCGACAUCUUAAUCAUGUAUGUCUCCACUAUCCGUAUCACAUUUAUCCUUACCAUGGUGCAUUGGUGAGAUGAAUUUAUCCUAAACUUUGGCCUUCGUUUGGUGCAUAUAGGUCCCGUCAUGUACAGACUGAUGAGGCAGAUCCAAAAACAUCCCACAUAUGUUUUAAAAGUUCAGAAAUGAAAAGCUGGAUUUAGUCGUCCUUAUUUCUGGAAGUCAUUUGUGCAAACGUUACGUUUUUGGAAUAGACUCGUUUUGGGGUUUCUCUCAAGGGGCUGCUAGCAGAAAACAAACUGUUUACAUUUGCAAAUGUAGCACAAAAAAAAAAAAAGGAACGAUGCGCUGCUUUCCUAAAAGACAACAAAGGGAAGAAUGGAGGGACGCCUGCUGAGAUGGAUGGAUGGAUGGAUGCCUUUGAAGAAUAAAUAGAGAGAAUGUGGAUUGAAAGGCGGAGAAUGGGAUCAAAAUAAACCUUCAGUGGUUUAGCUGAUGAUCAUUCAUCCCAUCUCUCGUUCGUUUGUUUUGCUUUAACUACUUUAACAUCACUCCUCUUUUUCCUCAUCUACUAUCUCCUUUCCUUUCUGUUUAUCUCUCGUCUGUUCUCUCUGCUGCUCACCUCUCGUGCUCCUCCACCUCUCUGCCUCCCUACUUUCAAUGAAAGUAGUUGAGGUGUUCUCAGCAGGUCGACGGGGUUGAGAUAAGGUUAGUUGACUGUGUUAUUCUGAUUUGUGCCCAAAAUAAUUGAUUCUGAGUUUUAACCCAAAAAAUCAUCUCAUGUUGACUUGGUAAAAGUUGAAUUUCUCUCCUCCUUCAUUUGUAUUUUGUUUGUGGAAAGAAAUGUCUGUAAUUCGAGCUCAUCCAUUUUCCAACAGGCCUGACAUUUGUGAUCUAUUCUCUUGUUCUUUUGGUAACAAUUUUCAAGAUUUUCACUGGGUUUCUAAGAAAACAGUAGAAAGAGGAUUUACGUGGGUGGGAAAACAGGAUGAUCUGUUUUUUUUUUUUUUUCCUUGAGUCUGGUUUUACAUCUCGUCCCUCAGUGGGCCGGAGACGAAUCCUGAUGCCAAAAUGUUUGGAUGGUUUAACUUUUGAAAGAAGAUCCUCUCUCUUGACUGAGUUGAGAGCGAAACGAACACAGCCUUGAUGAUGAAAACCUUUGUUCGUGCACGUUUUUCAUAUUGUAAGAACCCUGCAGAACUCAUUCCUUAUCCAAAUAUCUUCUUUUGCGUCUUCUGCGGCGUUGCCUCCUGAGUCGUGUGAGGAUACUGUACGGCUGAAACACAAACAGACGUUAAUGGUGGCAGGAACUUUUGCUGCGUUUUCCAAAAGAGGACGUUUAGCUAAGAAUGGAGGUUCUGCAGGUCACACAUGACAGGACAUGAAUUUUUACUUCAUUAUUGAAUUGUAUGUGUUUUGGUUUGAUGGCAUUUCACAUCAGCGUUUACAUUGGGGGGCCUUAACAAGUGUUUUCAUUUUAAUCUGUCCGAAUGUGUUAUAGAAUUGAUGCUGUUGCUUGCACUCAGUUUAUUAUGUUCUUAUUGCCAAGGAAGGGAUAACACACACACACACACACACACACACACACAGUGGUACGGAUUCAGUGUACAUUUUGGGAUGUACUGUAUUAAUCAUGGGAGACAAGGGAGCGAAAGGCCAGUUUGUAAUUGGUCAGACAAACACACACACACACACACACACACACACACACACACACACACACACACACACACACACACAUAUACAUACAUACAAUGACUAUGUACAUUUAACCAAUAUAUUUUAGUAGAAUUUUUAUUUCUCUAUUCAGUCGAAUGGCUUUUAUAGAAAGUAUGGGAUUUUUUUUCUUUUCCUCCAUGUUGUAUUUUAUUCUGCUUCUUCUCUGUAUGUUAUUGUUUUUAGGUUUUAUUUCAUGCAAAAAAUGAUAUUUCAACAACAUAUUUUGACAGCCAAGAAAAGUUUGUUACACAGCUAAACUUGAAGAAAUAAUGAUGAUGA